AUGAACGGGACGUGCGUCUCACCGACUAUCGGAGGAUCAGGAUCAGGAGGAGGAGGAGGAGGAGGAGGAGGAGGUGCAGAGGUCGAUAGUAGCGCGGUGUGCGAGUCAGGUAAUGCCACUGGGGACGAGAUCAUCGAAGAUGCCGGAUUGGCAGGACCAUCAUCAUCGGGAGGAGAAAAGAACAGCAGCAGUAGCCUCGGCCAGUCAGCGAGCUCGUUGUUCCGCAGAUCCGAGGCGGUCAGUCCCGGGCGCUCGGGUGGCGGCUGCCGAGCCCAAGGUAUACGAAAGUUGCAAAAGUGUCUGAGCACCUCGGUCAGCCACUACGAGGCCAGCCACGCCGAGGCUUCGACGGCCUCUACCUCCUCCGGGGGUGGCUUUGCGUCAAGCUUCCACGCUCCAUUCCAUACUCAGCGCAGUGUUGACAUUCGCGGCUACUCGGCCACCACCUCCUCCCAGGCUUCUUUGACUUCUUCCCCGUAUAUCCUCACCAACACCAGACAGUAUAGCAGCUUCGGUAGUAUUUCAUCAAUUACAAGCAACAAUUAUAUCUGCAUUUGUUCAUUAACUUUUAAUACUAUUACCUUAUUACUACUGCUAAUUUAA